AUGUCCACCGUGGCUACCCGGCUAGAAUCUCGCAAAUCGCUCCUAGGAGCUGACACCGGCUUCGGAUACGGAGGCCAUUCAUACAACAACUCCUACGGAGACAACAGUUACGCUCCUUCUCCAGUCCCGUCUCCACAGCCUAUUCCUCAGCCUGCCGCCUUCGCCCAGCCCAACUUUGCCGACGCCGGGGUUGAACCCGCAUACAACCAGGGCUUCGCCUAUAGAGAAGGCCUCACCCCUUCGCUUCCCGCGCAGAGUAUGAAGAAUGGCAAGAUCGAUUUCAUGAAGAGCAGAUGGCCUGCCUCUUUCAUGGCCGUCUCUCUUCUCCAGGCCAUUCUGUGCAUUUGCUUUGAGGCCUAUGUGUUCGGCAAGUUCCAGGUCAACCUUGGCACCCAUAUCAGCGCUCCCCAGGUUCAAUCUCAGUACAAGACUAUCCCGACUUUCUUGACGCUUUUCAUCUUUGGUUUCCUUUACACCCUGGUCGUCGUCUGGGAUGCUCUCCGACAAAAGAACACCAUUCAAGUCAUUGGUGUCUGCUUCUCUAACCUGGCCCUUAUGGUUUACACGACUAUCCAAGUUGAUCAAAUUUCCGAGGCCUUUGAUAUUCUCGAGCAGAACAAUGCUCUCAAGCGUGGCAUGACUGCUGCCGAGCUUUGGCACGAUGUGAAGCCUUAUCUGGUGGCUAUUCCUGCCAUCAUCGCCCUUGCUACUCUCGUUAUGGGCUUCCUCUCGUGGAAGAUUUACCAGGAGUAUGCGUGGGAUAUUCUCAAGAACAUUGGUGCCGAUUAUCGCAUGAAGAAGCGAUUCCUUCACUACCAGAUUUACAUCGCUCUGCUCAAGUUCGAUUUCUUCUUCUUCCUCGGCUUCAUCGUUCAAUUCGUUGUCGUUGUUGCUGACAAGGAUGACCCUGAAUUCGCCCUAACCAUCGUCACCAUCCCCAUUACCAUCCUCAUCCUUCUCGCCGCCGCUUUCUUCACUCGACGAGAGAAUAAGAUCGGCAUGGUCUGCAUCAUCAUCCUCUAUCUCGGAGGUCUCAGCUAUUUCAUCUUCAAGCUUGUACGAAUCUAUCAGCCUGGACACCGAGAUAGUUACGAAGCCGUUCGUCGAUCAUUGACCGCAUUUGCUGUCAUCACCAUUCUUCUCAUCCUUCUCACCAUUACCAACGCCAUCGUGUGCAUGCGAAACUUUGGCAAGGGCCUGAAGCCCCAUCUGCAGUCCUUGUCUCGAAAGCGCAAGGUCGAGGAGAAGCCUGAUAUCAACUCAAUCAACAUGCAGGAUGUCAAGCCUCAAAUUCCCAGCCGAAUGACCAUUGAUUAA